AAGUGCGCAACAAUUAGAGUAAGAGCUCAUGGCGACUCCAAAGUCGAAAAGAAAGCGAUACGAAGAAGAAGCAGAGGAGACUGAUCCAGGAGAUGCCAGGGAAGAGGCUCCAGCAAGCAAGAAGUACAGAAAAGACAAACCCUGGGACAGCGAGGACAUUGACCACUGGAAGACGGUGGUCAUCCAGCGAGGGGAGAUGCCUGGUCCGCUACUAGAGGAGAGCUCUUUCGCUACCCUCUUCCCUCGCUACCGAGAGAAAUACCUCCAGCAAGUCUGGCCCCAUGUAUCUCGCUCCCUCAAGGACCUUGGUGUGUCGUGUCGACUGGACCUCAUAGAAGGGAGUAUGACAGUUAGCACCACGAGAAAGACUUGGGAUCCUUACAUCAUUGUGAAGGCUCGUGACCUCAUCAAACUUCUGUCCCGGAGUGUCCCAUUUGAGCAAGCUAAGAGGGUGCUGGAGGACGAGAUUGACUGCGACAUCAUCAAGAUACGCUCCUUCGUCAGGAACAAGGAGAGGUUUGUUCGUCGCCGUCGGCGACUCGUUGGACCCAGCGGAGCUACCCUCAAGGCAAUAGAGCUGCUGACACAGUGCUACGUGCUGGUCCAGGGCAACACGGUGGCUGGAGUGGGCCACUUCAGAGGACUGAAACAGCUCAGGAAGAUUGUGGAGGACACCAUGAAGAACAUCCACCCCAUCUACAACAUCAAGACUCUGAUGAUAAAGCGAGAGCUGAUGAAGGAUCCACAACUGGCCCAAGAGUCCUGGGACAGAUUCCUGCCCAACUUCAAACGCUCCAAUGUUCAGAGGAAGAAGCCAAAGAAACAGAAGGAGAAAAAGAAGUACACCCCAUUCCCUCCUCCUCAGCCUGAGAGUAAGAUUGACAAAGAGCUGGCAUCAGGCGAGUACUUUAUGAAGGAGGGCCAGCGAAUGGAGAGGAAGAGAGAGCUGAAGAAGACUCAGCAGGUUGAGGCAGAGAGGAAGAGACAAGAAGACAGACAGCGAUCGUUCAAGCCGCCAGUGGAGGGAAAGAAGAAGGUGGAGGGAGAGGAAGAGGGGGGAGGCAGGGUGGAUGUAGCAGAGGUGAAGAGAAAGGUGAAAGAGGCCAUGAAAAGAAGAAAGAAAAAGUGA